AUGCGAUUCAAGAAUAAGGCGAGGCUUCGCGUUCAUCUGAGACAUCAUUCUGGCGAUAAAAUAACUGCAUGCCCGUACUGUGGCGUGUUCUUAGCCAGCAAUUCAAAACUCACCGAUCAUCUGUAUCGCAGAGUAAAAGCAAAAGUGUCUGUGUGCAUUGCAGAUGCCGCAAAAGUUGGCGAUGAAAGAUCAGUGUGCUGUAGUUUAUGCCACCGACAGUUUGAGACGAAACGUUUGUUACGCGAGCACUGCCGUCGACACGUUAUGGGUUAUAAGUGCAACUACUGCAUUGUGACGGCGGAUAGCCCGUCAUCGUUACGAAGACAUAUCGCAACGGUGCAUGCAAAAGAGCGGGUGUAUCCCUGCCAGUUUUGUGAACAGAGAUAUUUUCAACGAGCUGAUCUCCAGCGACAUGAAGCCGUACACAGAAGCGAUUAUACAAAUGACUGUGAGCAGUGUGGUGAGAGCUUUCGCUGGCGAAAACAGUUAUUGGCGCAUCUACGGAAACACGAUUCGGACUACAAGCCGUAUACGCAUUUAUGCCAUCUCUGUCCAGCAAAAUAUAUGAGUGGUUUUGGACUGAGCAGACAUUUGAUUGGAAGGCAUCGGUGCAAAGUGCCAGAAGGUUUUUCUCGGUUCCACUACAAAAAGUGCAAGGAUGGCUUCGCUCGAUUACAGACGAGUCGUUGUCUGAGCAGGGACUUAGCCCGGAAAAUGGGCUUUAUCCACGACGAACCCAACUCGUCUAGUGCUUGA